AGACAUCGCAGCUUCGCCCGUCCACUUCUCCACUCCUCCGAUUUGUCUGCUCAGUCAUCAUCUCUCCUGUCACAUACCUGUUUUCCCUGUCUCUUCAUCCUUUCCCUCCAACAUGAGUCUGAGUCGAACCAAGCGGAUCAGCUCCAGCAGCUCUGUCCGGAGCGGCGGCGGCUCCAGGAGGCUGAGCGGUUUCGGGCCGGGUCAGGGCGGGUUCGGCGGCGUCUCCCUGAGCAGCAGCUCCCUCUACGCCGGCGCCAACGGCCAUCAGCACGGCCUGGGGGCCUCGCUGACCUCUCUGUCCGUCAACAAGAGUCUUCUGGCCCCGCUGAACCUGGAGAUCGACCCCAGCCUGUCCAUGAGUCGAGCCCACGAGAAGGAGCAGAUCAAAAGCCUCAACAACCGCUUUGCCAGUUUCAUAGAUAAGGUACGUUUCCUGGAGCAGCAGAACAAGAUGCUUGAGACUAAGCUGGAGCUGCUCCAGGGUCAGGGUGUGAGCCGAUCCAACGUGGAGCCGCUCUUCGAGGCCUACAUGGCAGGCCUGAGGCGCCAAAUGGACCUGGUCAACAAUGACAAAACCAAACUGGACGGGGAGCUGAGGAACAUGCAGGGGCUGGUGGAGGACUUCAAACACAAAUAUGAGGACGAGAUCAACAAAAGGAACAACCUGGAGAAUGACUUUGUUAUCCUGAAGAAGGAUGUAGACUCGGCUUAUCUGGUCAAGGCAGAUCUUGAGGACAAGGUCGGAGCUCUGACCGACGAAAUCAAUUUCCUGCGCAAUGUCUAUGAGGAGGAGCUGCGAGAGCUGCAGCACAGCAUUAAAGACACCUCUGUGGUGGUGCAAAUGGACAACAGCCGCAACCUCAACAUGGAGCAGAUUGUUGCUGAAGUCAAAGCCCAGUAUGAGGAAAUUGCAGCCCACAGUCGAGAGGAGGCAGAGGCCUGGUACAAGAGCAAGUUUGACCAGAUGUCAGUGCAGGCCAGCCAGUAUGGGGAUGAGCUCCGCAUCGUGAAGGGGGAAGUGGCUGAAGUCAACCGGAUGAUCAGCCGUCUGCAGAGCGAGAUAGAGGCGGUGAAAGCACAGCGUGGCAAUCUGGAGAACCAGCUAGCUGAAGCUGAGGAGCGUGGGGAGCUGGCGGUGAAAGAAGCUAAAGCCCGUACCAGAGACCUGGAGGAUGCCCUGCAGAGAGCCAAACAAGACAUGGCCAGACAGCUGCGAGAGUACCAGGACCUGAUGAACCUGAAACUGGCUCUAGAUAUUGAGAUUGCCACCUACAGGAAGCUGCUAGAGGGAGAGGAGGACAGACUUGGACAGCAGUUCAUUCUUAACAUCCAGGCAGUUUCCAACUACAGUCCCAAAAGUUCCAACGGCUACAGCAGAGGCAGUGGCUCUCCUGCUCCAAAGCUGCUGAUCAAAACCACAGAGACCCGAGACAACUCCAGAUACAGCACUCACUGAGAGCUAACUCACUGAUUAGUCCAGUUUGAGCCCUUAAACCGAUCUCCUAAUGUAACCAGGUGCAUGAGGGAAUUUGGAUAACUAGCGUUUUUUAUAGAAUUACUAAAAUACUGUCAUUAAAACAUGGUAUAUAAAGUGGAGAUGUUACCAGGAAUCCUUGUUAUAGUGGCUUGCUGUAGUGUGUUGCACCUAUUUGAAGUAAACUAGUACUCUCUAUCUUCUUGACCCAGUCAAAUAAACAACUUGAUAAAACAAUUAAGACUAACUCUACAUAUAAGCUAUAGUUAGUUUACAGUAAUAUAGUUAUAAUGUUGUCCUGCUAAUAGAUUUGAAGCUGAAUAUGAAAUUAGAUAGUUGGCUCUGUAAUUAUGACUGUGUCUGCAUUGAUGAGCUGUUUGUGUUCAGAGGAUUUUUCUUAUAUUAUUAGCAAAUAUAAAAAUAGUUUGUCACUGGGUUUUAUUCAGUUUUCACUUACUCUGUAGUUUCACAAAUAAAAUUAACAUAAA